CACACACACGCACACGCACACACGCACACAAACACCUUCAAGGAUCCAGAGUUCAUGCCUGAACACUUCUCAAACAUUUAUUAUUUGUUAUCUUUUCUCACAUUCUGAUCUCCUGCAGUUCAUUCUAGCAACAAGGACACGUCGUAGACCAGCAUGGACUUCAGAAAGACUCAGAUAAACAAGAGGAAAUGCAUUAUUAUUGGCAUUUUAGCUGCAUCUGUUGUGACCAUCAUAUUAGGACUGGGUCUAGGGCUUGGACUUCAGCUGCAACAGUGCAAGAACAAGUUGCCUAAUUCAUGUCGGAACCGCUGUUAUGAGCCAUACGAUCAUGAGUCUUCAGCCUGUCGUUGUGAUGCACAGUGUGCGAACAGUAACAGCUGUUGCUAUGACUUUUCAGACAUCUGUCUCCAGCCGAUUGAGAGCUGGGAUUGUACGCCAUUACGCUGUGGUGAAAAGCGGAUAUCAGGUAGUAAGUGUCACUGCUCUUCUGACUGUGUGAGUGCUGGAGACUGCUGUACAAACUAUGGCAUUGUUUGCAAUGGAAUGACGCCAUGGGUUCAGGAUCAGUGUGUGAAAUUGAGCAGCCCUAAGUGUCCUCCUAAAUUUAAGAGGCAGCCUCUACUUCUCAUUAGUCUUGAUGGAUUAAGAGCAGAGUAUCAGCACACAUGGAGCUCCCUCAUUCCAGUCUUGGACAAGCUACGAAAAUGUGGGACAUCUUCUGCGUUUAUGCAGCCUGUAUUUCCAAGUAAAACCUUCCCUAACCACUACUCCAUUGUUACGGGUCUGUACUCCGAGUCUCACGGUUUAGUAGAUAACAACAUGUACGACCCUGUAUUUAAUGCCUCGUUCAGUCUCUCUAAUGCAGAGAAGGACAAAGCCAGGUGGUACCUAGGACAACCGAUCUGGCUCACGGUGAUGGAUCAGGGUCUGCGAGCAGGAACCUUCUUCUGGCCAGGAUCAGAUGUUCAAAUAAAUGGAACUUUCCCAAAUAUAUAUGAGAAAUAUAAUGGAACAAUUCCCUUCGAGCAGAGGGUUUUGACAGUUUUGAAGUGGUUACAGAUGCCUGAUGAUCAGCGUCCUGAUUUCUACACACUGUAUCUGGAGGAGCCAGAUAAAUCAGGACACAACUUUGGACCUGUCAGUGGAGGGUUAAUCAGCGCAAUCCAAGGAGUGGACAAUGUGAUUGGACAGCUGAUGAACGGACUCAAACAGCUCGAGCUGCACGAGUGCAUCAACAUCAUCAUUGUAGCUGAUCAUGGAAUGGCAGAAACAAGCUGCAACCGAAUGGAGGUUCUACAGAAUUUCAUAGGUGAUGUCUCACAUCUCUAUGUGAAUGAGGGACCUUUUGGUCGAAUCAGAGCAGUAAAUGAAACAGCCACCUUUGAUGCUGAAGGCUUAGUGGCCAAGAUGACGUGUAAGAAGCCUGAUCAGAAGAUAAAGCCCUACCUCAAACCCCAUCUGCCCAAACGUUUCCAUUAUGCACACAACAGACGCAUCGAGGACAUCAAUGUGCUUGUUGACUCACUCUGGCUGUUUGAGAGAUAUCCAGGUUCUCUCCGGUUUUGCUCUGGUGGAAAUCAUGGAUAUGACAAUGAUGACCCUAACAUGCAGGCAAUGUUUCUUAGUUAUGGCCCCAAGUUCAAUUUCCAGACUGAGGUGGAGCCGUUCUCCAACAUCGAGCUGUAUAAUCUUAUGUGUGAUAUCUUAGAAAUCACUCCAGCACCUAACAAUGGGACUCAUGGAAGUCUGAACCAUCUGCUGCACUCUCCAUCCUACACACCUCAACCUCCAGUGGAGCAGAGUGAACCAGGCCAGUGUCCGCUAACCAGCCUGGAGCCCACCAACCCACUCGGCUGCUCCUGCCAUGCCCUGGAUGGCAUCACACUAAACUCUCGCCUGAACCUGUCUGAUGCUGAAGUGUCUAAGAGUGUGAGCACACAUCUGCUGUUUGGCCGACCGCAUGUGCUGCAGUCCAACUUGGAAUACUGUGUCCUGCAUCAUCACGGAUUUAUCAGCGCGUACAGCAAACACCAGCUCAUGCCUCUCUGGAGCUCAUUCACUGUGGAAAAACAGGCUGGAGGUGGUUCUGGCUCUUUGCCUGCAGUGAUACCAGACUGUCUGAGAGCUGAUGUGAGAAUCCAAGCCAAUCAGAGUCCUACAUGUAAUGAGUACAACAGCAGCGCUAAUGUUACAUACGCCUUCCUCUAUCCACCCAAUCUUAACAGCACAGCAGAAGAGCAAUAUGAUGGUCUGACCUUGAGUAACGUGGUUCCCAUGUACCCAGCAUUUAAGAGAGUUUGGCAGUAUUUACACAAUGUUUUGCUGCUGAAGUAUUCCUCGCAGUAUAACAGCAUAAACGUGGUGACAGGACCUGCGUUUGAUUAUAACUUCGAUGGACAGUUUGACACUGCAGACCAAAUCAAACAGUUUGUUACAGGAACUCGUAUCCCGAUCCCCACUCAUUACUUUGCCAUCUUGACAAGCUGCUCGGACUCAAAUCAGACAGUGGGCGAGUGUAAGGGAGAAUUACACACAGUGUCAUUUUUAAUGCCACACCGACCUGACAACUCUGAGAGCUGCAUGAGCAACCAGGAUGAGUCGAAGUGGGUAGAGGACUUGCUUUGGUUCCACCAGUCACGUGUCAGAGACAUCGAAUGGAUCACGGGACUGGAUUUCUUUGAGAAAAGUGCCCGACCGUUCCCUGAGAUUCUGCGGAUAAAGACUCGGCCAACAGCCGCUAUUCACAGGAAGCAGUGAUUUCUUCCAUUAUUUAUACAGCCAUGAAAUAGAUCUUAGUGAUUAAAUAAGCCUGAAUAUUCACUGACCAAUGCACUGAACUCAUUUGUCCUCAUGUUUAUUCUCAG